AUGGCAUCCAUACCAGAGUCUGCUCUUCGCAUGAACACCGACACAGCUCCUGAGCUCUGGACCAACGACCCUACCACCAUAGCGCAGGCCACCAUUCGUGAAGUCCCAGGCAUUGUAGAUACCUACAGUCUCAGCGAGAUCACCAUACAUCUGAAGCGUAUUCACGAGAACCUCUACCUUAUCUCCAAUCAUUGUGACCGCUUCUUCCUUUGGAAUUCCGACAGCAGCAUACUCUCCUACAUCCUGACCCCACACAGCCUACUUGGCUUCUAUCGCGCUUUCGAUGCCAACCAGAUACUUGAGACUGAUAUAGUCCUACCUUGGGUCGAGCAAGAAGUUACCGAAGCCGAUCUGAUACAUUGCCCAGAUGAGCAUAAGCCUGACAACUGGAUCCGCAACGCCGCAUGGGUGCUCCCUUACGAGGUCUACUCAUUGCGAGAGUUCGAUUUACACGAUCGCAAGCCGAUCAUGGUCUACAAAGCAAGGCGUGGGAAUGAAGACAUGACAUUCCUCCAAUGCGACCAGAAGUACUACCUUUAUUGGCAUAUCUCAGACGAAUUGUGGGAGAUCGUUAAGCCCAAUAUGACCAACCAAGCGAAUUGGAAACGACUUGAAAGCGCGCCAACAUUCCCGGACUUCACGUUUCGAAAGCUAGGCUUUGCGGCGAUGGUCGGCGGUCGACGUAUCCUUAAGCAGUCUGAGAUCCCCGACGAGUACGUACAGCUCGAUGACAAUGAAUGCGCGAAGCUGGAGAUCGAACCUGACGUCGUGCCGCCGACUCACCAGUACCAGCCUGUGUCGAGUAUUAUCGCGAGGGAAGAUGGUGCGGCGCAUCUCGUUGAGAUCGGAGGUGGAGGGGGCUUCUGUUUGUGGUAUCCAUUUGAGGAUACGAUGGAGAAGGUGUAUACAUCGGGUGGGCUGGCAGAAAUCCUGGCUAUUAUGCGGAAUGAUCAGCAUCUUAAUAUUGUGCAAUUCUGA